CACGCAUCUCGAGAUCUCGUCACAACGGCCGGUGUAAAUACCAUCGGGAUUCAAGGGUAUUUUGGGAAAACAGAUUUGAAACUCCCAAUGCUCUGUUUGCUCUCUGUCAUUUACCCUUUUCCGCCAUUUCACAUUAUUAUUCUCCACAACUUGUACUCUCCUUCUUCCUCGCCUCUCUCUCCCUCCAGCUCUCAUCCUCUCUCUCUCUCUCUCUCAUCGAGCUUUAGACCUACAGAGAGACAGAUUAGUUGGUAAUAAACAGACAGAUCUAGUUUUGAUUUACUCUUAUGUUGAAGUAAGAAAGAGAAAGCAGAAGAGAAGCUUGGAACUUUUGCAAAGCUCUGCACAUAAAGCAAGUCCUAUUUGGAGAAUAUUUCAUAAAGAAGCUUGUGGCCCUCCAUUAACGGCCCUUGAUCCAAAUGGAGACUGUGAAACCAGUGGGUAAAUUCAGACGCACGUUUGCUAAAGUUCUCAACAUCCAUAAGCUAACAGGUGUUGCUCCAGAAGAGGAAAUGAAGAAGACAAAGUUUGAUUCCAAGAAUGCAAAGUUGUCUGAGUCUUUCUACAAGCUUGAGGAAGAGUAUGAGAGAACUCUAACAUUAGAAGCUCUUCUUGCAAAGCUUUUCGCUACGGUUUCUUCAAUCAAAGCCGGAUACGCGCAGCUACAGCAUUCUCAGUCUCCAUACGACGCAAUUGGGAUUCAAAAGGCAGACAACUUGGUUGUGUCCGAGCUGAAGACUUUGUCUGAGCUGAAACAAUGUUUCUUGAAGAAACAAAUCGAUCCGAAUCCCGAAAGAACACUGGUUCUCGCUGAGAUUCAAGAGCUGAGGAGUCUACUGAAGACGUAUGAGAUAAUGGGGAAGAAGCUUGAGUGUCAGUACAAGCUUAAAGACUCAGAAACUCUGUUUCUGAGAGAGAAGCUUGAGGAUCUGAUGAAACAGAACAAGUUGACAGAGAAGAGACUUAACCAAAGCGGACAGCUUUGCAAUCCUUUAGACAAUCUUCACCUCUCUGCGCUGAAUCCAACGCAUUUUGUUGCUUAUCUGCAACACACAGUCAAAUCCAUCAGAGGAUUCGUCAAGCUGAUGAUAGAACAGAUGAAACUCGCUAAAUGGGAUAUCUCCAUGGCUGUUAACUCGAUCCAGCCGGGUGUGUUUUAUUACAAGCAAGACCACAAGUGUUUCACUUUCGAACACUUUGUCUCCACUGUAAUGUUCGAAGCGUUUCAUCUACCACAUUUCUCAACCUCAAGCGAGUCAAGAAGCUUCAAAAAGAAGGAGAAACAGAACAAAGCAGAGGAGAAACAGAGAAAAACAGAGGAGAGGGAAGUGUUCUUUGAGAGGUUUACAGAACUCAGGUCGAUGAAAGCUAAAGAUUACUUGAAAGCAAGGCCUAAAUCAAGAUUUGCUAGGUUCUGCAGGAUCAAGUUCUUGCAGCUUAUACAUCCUAAGAUGGAGGAAGCUUUCUUCGGACAUCUGCAUAUGAGGAACCAAGUCUCUGCUGGUGAGUUUCCUGAGACGAGCUUAUGCUCUGGGUUUCUUGAAAUGGCCAAAAGGGUUUGGCUUCUGCAUUGCUUGGCUUUCUCUUUUGAGCAUGGAGCUGAGAUCUUUCGAGUACCAAAAGGUUGUAGGUUCUCUGAAGUGUACAUGAGAAGUGUUGCUGAGGAAGCCUUGGAGGAAGCUGAGCCACGUGUUGUGUUCACGGUUGUUCCAGGGUUUAAGAUUGGCAAAACUUCAAUACAGUGUGAGGUCUAUCUCUCGGACGGUGGUGGUCAUCAAGGGUGAUUUGAUAAACUCGGAAAGUAAUGGGGUUAUUUUGGAAGAUAGGAAAAGUUGUGGGCCUUUGGGUUUGAAGUAGCGAAGUAGUGUGGUGUUGUUGUAAUGUUUUCUGUGUCUUUUGCGUUUUUGUCGAUAUUAGUUCAGAGAAACACAGAGGCAUCUCUUAGCUGUGGUCCAUUGAAUAUUUAUCUACUUUUAUAUAUAAUAUGUAUAUAUUUUAUGAUUUAUAUAAGUAUUUUUAGCCU